ACUGUCUGUAUCCUCCUCUCUGCAUUGCCACCAUAAGCCAUAUAUUCGACAGUAUCCAAAAUGGCUGUUACAGAGAUCGGCUGCAUGGGCGUCAAGCCCGGCCUUAAUGUUAUGGACGAAUCUACUCAAGAAGGCCAGGUCUUGAUGGGAGCCUGGAAAGCAGUCACUUCUGCGCCAGGAGGUCCACACCAGGUUUAUUGGGGACUAGAAGUUGAGGAUCCCUCAAAGCUCUGGGCCUUCUUUGACUGGGACUCCGUCGAAGACCACGAGAACUUUGCCAAAUCGUCUGGCAGAGACGCAGUAAAGGAUCUGCCGACCAUCUUGAGCCAUGGUGAAUUCACGAAGCAUGUUGCUGUCACGCCGUCCCCGCCAUUAGCCUUACAGGCGCCCGUGACGGAAAUCAUGCUCGCUUACUUCUCCUCCGAUAUCUCGCAAGCCCAAAAAGACGCAGCUUCCGCGAAUGUCCGGGAGUUUUCAGAUAAGGGCCUUAACAAAUGCUCUGAUAUCAGGGGUGUUAGCUUCGGCUGGGGUGUGGAGAACGACUUCCCAGUGAAGGGAGGAGAAGAAGGACAGACAGGGUCGAUCCUUGCGGCGUUCAUCGGCUGGACUAGCAUUGACGCGCACAUGAAGUUUCGGGAGACGGAUGCUUUUAAGGAUAAUGUCGGCUUGCUCAGGAGCUUGGAGGGGGUUGUGAAGUUGGCAAUGUUCCACGUUAGUUGCCAAAGUCUUAAAAAGACAGCGGAAUAGGCAUAACUACGAGGGCGACAGUGAAACGAACCUAGAGAUUCAAGUAGCAAAGGUGAAUACAAUAGAUCGAGUACUGAUAUAGCAGCUGUGUUUCUUUUCUAACUCCUAUCCGAAAACAGGUCUUUCCCAAUGCUCCUUCCUCCAAUGCUCCUUCCUCAAGCUCCUUCGUUCCCGGGUGCUCUAAUACCAAAUAAGUUAGCCCAAACACAU